AUGGGCUCGCUUUCUCCUCCUUCCAUUUUGUUGACCACCUCAAAUGAGGCCUCUCAAGAAUGCGUAACAAUAUGGGACCCCAUCGCAGGGAAUUCCAUUGCAAGAUUGUCAGGUGAACAAGCUUCUAGAUCGCGAAUUUGUUUAAUCAAUGGACGUUUGUUAGUCGUUCCUGCCGCAAAGAAGCCCCUCCUGCUUAUCUGGGACCUCCAAACCGCACUAUGUAGCGGGUGCUUAAUUGGAGUCUUACCGAACGGACAUACUGGAUCGAUAGGCGAGCUCUGUUUACCAUUCUGGUCUUGUCAUAUGCCACUUUUGUUAGUAAGCGCUGACGCAUCUGGCUUCCUCUCUUGUUGGGACCUUGGAUCACUAGGAGAGUUUAAUUUGGUCAUCAAGUCUGAUCCUGAAUUUUCUUCAAGAUCCUUAAAACAUGACUCUCCUGCAACGAAUUCCGCUUUAUGGUAUGCAGCUCAGGUCAGUCGGGGAUUGCCACGCCUUGGAUCAUAUAGGGAUAACAUUAUAGUUGCCGGAACUGAAGGCCUCAAGUUUUUUGCUUCUCGGACUGGUGUCGUCACUCGCCAGAAAUCAUUUGAAUGCCCGUUGCAUAGCCUCGCCGUCAAGGAAUUCAGCAGACUUCUGUUCUUAGGCGGUGAUAAUGGUAUCCUAUUUGUGACAACCCUUAGCAAUUCGUCUGGAGACAAUUUGCUUGUUAGGCGAAGGUGCUUUGUAGAGUCAAGGUAA